AUGGGCGAAUAUACUGAGCAGGGAAGACAGGCUACUGUCAAUGGCAAACCCGAGAGUCCUUCCCUGACGCACCGAGUCAGGAGAAUACCACGAUCAGCUCCAUUGUCCGAGUUUAUCACCGCUGUAGAGGAAGACGGCUGCGUCAUCAUCACUGAUUUCACGGACAAGGCCACGGUGGAACAAGCAAAUGAGGAGGUGAAACCUUGGCUAGAGAAGCAGGACAUUGGAGCCAAAGUUGGUGCGCUUGGGGGAAAGACGAGAACAGUGACCCGACUGGUCGGCAGAAGUCAAACGGUUCGAGAGAAGUUCUUCUCCGAUCCUAUAUAUCAGGCCCUCUGCGAGCACUUUCUGGCGCUGGAAACGACCCACUGGUAUGGUCCUAAUCCUCUGACAACGACAAGUCAUCCAUUGCUGUCUAUCUCCAUCACUUUCGACAUUCCGCCAGGUACCCCGGCACAGGGUCUGCACCGCGAUGACAAGAAUCACCAUGCUCGCCACACCAAGGCUGAGAAGUAUGAGAAGAACCGUGACAUGCUCCUCGGUCUCUUCGUCCCAGGCUGCAACACGUCAAAGGCGAACGGAGCCACGCGUAUUGCUCCAGGGAGUCAUCUCUGGGGGGACGAUCAACCAGAUUUCGGCCCAGACGGGAACCAUGGCGUGCUUGAUGCGGAGAUGCAAAUAGGCGAAGCAUUCAUUAUGCUGGGCAGUCUUUACCAUGGUGGCGGGGCUUACGAGAAGCCAGUGGGUUCAGGUGGUCCUGAAAGUAGGACAGUCCACGCCAUGUUUUCAUGUACGGGAGUGCACCGUCAGGAAGAGAUCUCGUUCCUGUCAUACUCCAUUGAGGAGGUCAAGACGUAUUCGAAACUUGUUCAGGAGCGCCUGGGCUGGAAACAAAGCGAACCGAACCUGGGUUGGGUAGACCUCAAGAGCCCAGAGUUCCUUCUGCAGUGA